AAUGGCUUUGACAAAGCUUCUGAACAACCGCCCUGACACGCCAUAUUCCCGGCCACCCCCACUGCACAUGAAAAUUUUAAAGUCCUGUGACCAGCUAAGGGUCACAAGCUGGGACUUCAAAGAUGGAACACCAACACCUCUAAUGACAAAGAAGAACACCAUUGCGGCGAUCACCGAUGGCCAGACUGUGACAAAGAUCACAAUGUUUGAAGAACAUGCCUCUAAAGUCCAGCUGGGGGGGGCACCGACUCAAAGUGUGAGGGAAGGUCUUGUAAAAGAAGCAGAGGAUCUUCUGCAUCCUCUUGUUCCUCUCACCCCACUCAAGAUGAGCUCCACACAUGAGGGACUCGUGACAGUUCAAGGGGAGGUGGUGGAGGUGCUGUCGGGAAAACAACAUGUUCCCCUUAAAAACCUCCAGCUGAAGGAGGAUGGUUUUACCAUGACAAUCUGCCUCUGGAGGGAGGCAGCUGCUAACAACUUCAACGUGGGAGACCACAUCAGCCUCUCUCACGUUAAGCAGAGACAGUCCUCAUAUGGCGUACAUCUUCACAGUACAGCCUUUACACAGAUUGAGACAAAAGUCGAGGAGAGAGCUGACAUCCUCAUCAUUGGUGUGGCCACGGCAGAAAUGCCAAACCAGCUGGAGGUGUUGCUGGAGGAUGGAAAGAGCCUGUUCAUUCAAACUGGCCUGUGGAGUCUCUUUGAUAAGGAACUGGAGGAGGCAGCAAUCAAAGUUACUGUUAAAAUUCAGGGAAAGCAAAUUGUACAUAUUCAAAAAUAUCAGUGCGAAUAA